UGUCUUACUUUAAACCACACCCUCAUUUUAAACUUCGUCACGUGUGAUGUAGUUGCAGGUCCUGGUCAGUGGGAGGCGCUGUGCAGUUACCUCAGUCUUCCCUCCAAUCUUCUUCAAGUUUACAGUAGUCAACGUGUGGUGAUGGAACCACUUGUACACAGGUGGUGCUGUCAUCCAGGUGUGAGACAGACACUACUGGGCGGUGGAGUCAUCGUCAGGUUUCCAAGAGAGUCCAAUAGACUUAUCGAGCUUCCAGAAGAUUACAGUGUCCUUAUCAACCAGGCCUCCAGCUUCACGUGUCCUCGCUCAGGUGGAGACAAGUCUCGGGCUCCGACCUUGUGUCUGGUGUGUGGCGCCAUCUUGUGUUCUCAGAGUUACUGCUGUCAGACAGAGGUGGAUGGUGAAGAUGUGGGUGCCUGUACUGCCCACACCUUCACCUGCGGCGCUGGUCUGGGACUUUUCCUCAGAGUGAGAGAGAGUCAGGUGUUGUUUGUUGCAGGCAAAUCCAAAGGUUGUUUUUAUCCUCCUCCAUACCUGGAUGACUAUGGAGAAACUGACCAGGGACUGAAGCGUGGGAAUCCUCUCCACCUGUGUCACGAGCGUUAUCGAAAGAUUGAGCGUCUGUGGCGACAGCACGGCGUGGCAGAGGUCAUCGGUCACGCCCAAGAGGCCAAUCAGACGCUGGUGACCAUCGACUGGCAGCACCUGUGACCUUAAGCAUGGUUUGACCUACUAUUUGCCUAAAUUCUUACAUGAGAAGAUGCUUGGUGAUUGGCUGUCAGCAUUUAGAGCCGCCUUUCACUUGCUGCCCCGUUUUACCCACUCACCUUCCCGCGGCCCUCCGAGUUUGUUUACAAAUCACCAAUCACAGAGCAGCAGUGACAUGAAGCCCCGCCUACAUAGCGCUUGACUGACAGAUGAUUAGUGAACAUGACUCCUCUCAGGUUAAGCUUUUUAUUAGCACCAUGAGAAAAAAAAAUGGCCUUGUUUAGGACGCUGCCGCCGACUUUUGAUUGGUGAAAGGUGUUUUUAUUUAAGUUUGUUUUUAUUUGUUUCUGAUGGAGUCAAGGAAACACAUGUUGACGUCGGAGACUUGGUUUACUUUUUUUUUUUUUAAAUCGAUGGGUUGAAAAGAACAUCGAUGACCUCUGACCUGUUAAUAUGUGAAUUCUUGUACAAAUGAGGAAAUGUAUGAUAUUAUAGAAGAAUUACAAAAUAAAAACACUCAAAAAUAA